AUGUCAGCGCCUCCUCGCUCUUGGACGACGCCACUGCCAACGUUCCGUAACUUCCGUGCGAACCAGCCCGUCGGAUACACAUCUGGCAUCUGCGUCUGCUCGGCCAACAUGAGCUUUCUCGGCGGAUAUGCGGUGAUUGUGCGACGGCUGCCUCGGACGACUAUCCACCAACAGCCCUUUCUCUGCUUGUGGUAG